AUGGCUACUGUUAUCACUCUCCAGUCGUCCUCGACGGCUGGUCUCCAGCAAUCUUCUCCAACUGACCGUCAUCUUUUGCGUCCGCUGCCCCAGAAUAACCAGCAACAACCGCCGCAACAGCACCUGCCGCAACAGCCUCUACAGUCCCCCUCACCACCUGCACCCAUUGGUACUACGGUUCCCCGGCCUGCUCCUGCCCAACUCCGGGAUGGACCCAGUUGUGACGCCUGUUUACGCAGAAAGAGUCGGUGUGCUAUAAACAUGGCCACCAACAAGUGUUACUCGUGUGACUUUCAUCGCCAGGAGUGCACCUUCACCCUCUCAGCCACGACAACAACAACCACCACCACCACAACAGCUAGCCGCCCUAGCACGGCUGACAUCUCAUCGAAAAAACGUAAGAUCGAUGAGUUGGUGUCGAGUGAUGCGGAGUCCCCAAAAAGGUUAUCGACCGUCCCCAAGUCUGAGCCUGUUCGUUCGUCCUUGAGUGAACAUCAGCGGCUGAACACUGUGGCGUACUGGCACCAGUCAACCCAGCACAUCGGCCUCACCACGGAACUGGAGCCAGCCCUACUGGCGUAUCUCCCGGUAGAUCAAAACGACGAGAGCUUUGUAGCCGCUUCACGCGUGCGAAAACUUGGCGACGACGGCACGUUUAUGCGGGUCGUAAACACCAUGUCCCAUGCGGACUCGCCUCAGUCCGCCUCGCUGGAUGCCAUUGAGAGCCUGGUUGCUCCCUAUGGGUCCACCUUGGUGGAGAAGUACUUUGAACGCAUUCACCCUACCUUUCCCAUCUUAAUGGAAGAUGUCUUUCGUCAGUCGUAUAGGACUAGGAAUGGCAUCUCGCCGCUCUUGCUAUCAGCUGUCUAUGUAUUGGCACUGAAAUUUGUCGACAUUGGGCCGGCAUCUCAGUCCGCACGGCGACCGGACGCCGCUCGUCUUGAGAGCACUGCUCUGAAACUAUUGACCGAAUCUCUGCCCUAUGCGUCAAUAUCAACCAUCCAGGCCGGCCUACUUCUCAUGCAAAAGUCUACCGUGGCCACCGCGCCACUGAAUGCACAACUAGUGACCGCGGGGUUUGAACUUGGUCUGCAUCAAGAUUGCUCGGACUGGCGGAUGGAGACGUGGGAGAAGGGGCUCAGGAAACGCCUCGCUUGGGCACUUUAUAUGCAGGAUAAAUGGUCGGCCUUGGUUCAUGGGCGGCCUUCCCAUGUCGUUUCCUCCAACUGGACGGUCCAGGAUCUCGUGGAGGAAGACUUUUCAGAUACCUUCACAACGACAUCAUCGCAACCUGACGAUGCUCCUAUUGGCCACGGUCCAUUGUUCUUCUGCCAUAUGGUCGCAUUGACAACCAUCCUCUCCGAUAUUCUAGACCGUUUCUACACGCUGCAGUCGAUUGAGGAAUUUAAAGCUGCCGGAAACAACAGGACUAGAUUAAUCCUCGAGCGGGCCAAACCCGCUCAGAUCCGUCUCAAGGACUGGUUUGCGCGACUUCCUGGGCCACUAAAACUGGAGUCAGCAACAGACAUCUUCGAAACCAUCACGGAGGAAAACGCGCGGAAUGGCGCCCUUCACCUUUCCUACUUCGCAACCGAAAUCACCCUCCACCGCUGCAUUGUGCGCUCUCUCUCGCCCGACACUGCCGAUGCAUAUCUCUCUCACAUCUGCCGCUCCGCUGCCAAAACUCGCUUGAUAUCCGCCAUGGACUUUGUGAACCGACUUCGCCCGCCGCAUCUCCGGUCAUUCUGGCCUGCCGCCUCUAGAACGCACUUUGCGCUCAUUGGGUCCUUCGGCAUCCUGCUUCGUGUAACUGCCCCUACAAAGGAAGAGGCCGAGUUCUACCGUCUGCGCCUUUGCGAAUACCGCUGGACACUCAGCGUGAGCAAGAAGGACGCCGAAUUCCUCGAGUUUGCCCUGGACAGUCUGGACAACGCAACAAACCUCGAUCACCAUGUCCCAGAGAAACCGGGCAUCGACGAGUUAAUGACAAGCGCCUCAAAACCAACCACGAACCUCCGCACACAGCACGAAGAAUCGAUGCUCGACAUGGAGGGUGGGCACGGCGGGACUUCUUCUAUCAUAUCGGGCCUAGCAUCACCAGCUACAAGCAUCAGCGAGGACAGUAUGCGCGAUGCCAUCGCACCGAUAUAA